AUGACGAGAUCUCCUCAUGAACUAAGAUUUCAAAUUGAACAAAUGAAAAGGAAGAUUGAAGAAUUAGAAAGGAGAUCAGAAGAUAGAAUAUCUUAUUUAACAGAAGAAAAGAAUUUCUGGAAUUCAAUCAAAUCCGGAAAUGACGAAGAAACAAUAAAUAAACAAUAUAAACAACUUGAAGCAUCAUACUUACAAUACGCAUCUAACAUAGAAUUAGAUAAUAAUAAAGAAAUUUCAAAAUAUAAUUUUCAUAUUGACGAACUAAAGAACGAUAUUUCACAAGAGGAAGCGAAAAACGCAAAAAUUGUAACAGAAAACAUCGAUUUAGGAUCUAAAAUCGAUCAAUUACAAGGAGAAUACAACACAUUAAUCAAUAAAUAUGUUUUCCUCAGACCGAAAUUCGAAAAACUUUUAUCUAAAGUAAUACAGACUAAAGUACAAUCGCAUACAUCACAAAUAAAGAAUAUUGACAAAAUAACAAAUUCGUUAUCUUCUUUAGAAGAAAAAUUAAAUCGAGAAAAAUUACAAAUAAAGGAUGAAUGCGAUUUUUAUCAUGAAAACAAAAAGAAAAUUAAACAAGCAGAAGAUAUCGUCAAAAGAUUAGAGGAUGCACUAUUAGAUAUCAGUGAUUUACCAGAGUUUUCAGCUCCAGAACCAUCAGAUCUCAUAAAUAAUCCAGAUUUAAUUAUUAAAUUUGUUGAUAACGUAGAACAGCAUGUUAGAACGAAAGCAGAAGAAAGGGAAAAGAAGCUCUCCAAAAACAAUCGAUCUGUUGCUGCUACGAUGUCUGAAUCCAGAAAAUCUCCUUUAUCAAAAGAUGUCGCAAAGGUUAUUUGCGAAGUUGGACACAAAGUUGUUGAUCUAUCCAAUGAAUAUAGUUCUGUUUGUUAA